AUGUUCAGUAACAUCGUUCCGUUAACAACGGUCGGUGCUGCACAGGUAUUAUCAGGCGCUGUAUUGCAAACAGCCGGCAACGUUUUACCAACAACAACUAUUGGAAAUAAUGAUGUAGUUAUCAUACAAGAUACGACCACUCAAGCUGAAAUAAUCAAUCAAUUACAAAAUCAAAUCACAGAAAACCAACAGAUUUUGAUCAUAACAGAUGAUCAAGGACAAGAUCAAUAUGUUAUCAUCGAUAAAGAUCAAGAUAUUAAUGCACUGUUACAAGAUGGUUCUCUUUUUUCUCACUAUCCUGAGCAGCAAGUCGCCCAGGUACCAACUAGUCUACAACAUCAAAUCUUACAAAUUGCUUCGAUGCCUACAAUUCAAACAACUCACCUACCGCCAGUUGUGUCAACACCAGUGCCGAUUCAACCCAAACCGACACUCAAACCGAUAGCACCUGCUACUAUGAAUCCAUCGAUCGUACAACAUAAACAAUCGUUUCAAAGCAAAGUCAAUGCGAAUGCUUUUCAUGUACAAAAUGUUGAAGAAUCUGUACAACGUGUAACAGCUCCACCACCAAAACGAAAACCAAUUGAAAUUCAUUACGAUCCUAAAGAGAAUUCCUUUCAGAAUGCUUUUCUAAAAUUCCUUGCCGGAGAAAAGAUGUCAUCUCUCGAAACUCUUGCCAAUGAAUCUGUUAUGCGUAAACCGAAAGAUAAUGUUUAUAUCGGUGCAGUCAAUGCUGGUAUUGUCUUAAGUUCAUUGGGUCAACCAACCGGUACCAUGGGUUAUCAAACAUAUAUGGUCAACGAUGAAUCACGUAUCGAAGAAAUUAUGGUUAUUGGUCGACCACUGUAUGAUGAUAGUAAAGGAGUUAAAAUAAAUCCUCUACUAAAAAAUCUGCCCGCAACAGCGAACAAUCAAUCGACUACAUUCCUACCUCAGACAAUAACCCUCACACCGAACGCCCAACAGCAGAAUCUAAAUGCAUUAUCCGGUUUAUUUCGCAAUGCCCAAUCAAAUGUUCUUAAUACUACUACAACGAUUACAUUACCACAACAUUUGAUUGAUCAAUUAGGUGCUGGAGCAUUGACAGUAACACAGCCGACCAGUGGCACUGAAGGCAUUGAGCCAGCUACAGCAUCAGCGGCGGCAAUACUUAGUCAGUUGAAUGAAAUGGUGCAAGGACAACAACAACAACAACAAGCCAGCCAGAGCACGGCAGCCUAUCUUUCGAAUGAUUUAUUAGCAACAGCAGAUCCUAGUCGAAUACAGAGUGAAAAGGAGAAGGCUGAUACACUUCUAGCUGCAGCUAUAUCGAAAACCAAUUUCGGUGCAACUAGUUCCAAUCUAAAUACGACGAACGAAAGCAUCUAUCAACCCACAACUACAAAUUCAUCAUCGUAUAUGAUGGAUAUUGAUCGUCCAUCUCGUGCAGCAGCUGCUCUAUACGAUCUUAAAAAUGAACAAUUACAAUUAGCCAAUGCUGCACUACAGCAACACCAACAACAAGCAGUGAACGAACGAAUUCAACAAGAUACAUCGAUAGAUGGUAAACAAUCAGACAUGUCGACUGAUACAGUAGCAGCACCAAAUCAAACAGUAACGGCAGCUGCAGGCGGACAACAAUUCACUGAAGAGGUGACAGAAAUGGGUCCAGAAAUUCCAUUCGAAAUCGGUCAAUUUCUACUGUAUAAGGGACAUUUUCUUAAUCUACUUCAUUUUCCCAUCUGGAAAGUUCAUACGAAAACUCUUUUACUAAAAUACGACACAGUACUUGCCGAUUCGGAAAUUGCUUGGGAAGCUACAGAUGAAGGAAUGUUCUAUACGAAUGUUCUGGAAGAUUAUGUUCCACUUAAAUGUGAACUAAAAGGUUUACAUAAUAACCAAGAAGUCGUUCGUAUAGCCAGUGAUUCCCAUCCAAUCAAACUCAAAAUUCAUGGCCAUAUGAGUGCAGUACGUAUUCAACAUGAUGUUUAUGCGCAAGUACUAGUUAAUCAUGUGUACGAUGCUGACGUGUUACCAAGAAUAAAAGCUAACACUGAUGAAUAUGCAACUUAUAUUCGAUUGAUCGAUGAAAUGCUUGAACAACGUUAUAACUACGUGAUACAGUCUCGACGUACGAUCGAAACGUUUCCGUAUGCUGUAGCGAAAUACCCCUUACUGGAUAUCAUCGCCCAACCGCAACGCCAAUUACACUGUCAAGUAACCGAAGAUAAAUCUCAAUCAGUUUCACAUACACUACGCUUUCAUGGAAAUCAAUAUGAUGCUGAUACCUUGAAAGCGAGCGACACUCCAUUACAAACAUUGGAAAUCUUCGUCUGUGAAAAUAUCGCUGCGUUAGCACAAACAGCGCAUCAAUUGAAGCAUCAUGUUUACCAUAUGUUUUGUCAUGCUCAACAAAAAGUUGCUGAACUGCAAACACUAAACCCGACAGCAGACGCCACUGAAUUAAUCAGUGCUAUUUGUGGCGACACAACAUGGCUACAAGAAUUAUUCGAACGGUUCGAUUCAAUAAUGCAACAAGCGGAUAAUUACAUCUUCUGUAAUGUUGAUAUAGCUUGGUAA